CAUGACUCGAUUCGCGAGUGGGACAGGGACGAGAAACCGAAACGGCACGCGCCGGAGGAUCGGUGUAGAUCGAUCGAGAGUCUGGCCGCGAUCGCGGGCACACCAAGUCGCCGACGUGUUCUUCGUUCGUUCCGCGGGGAAUUCGCGCGUGUUUAGUUCCUACGGGAUUAAUUGAUCGGCGAUCAUGGAGGAGGAGAACGUGGAGGGGACUGCGAAGAAGAAUGGGGGCCAGGAAGAGGAGGAGGAUGAGCUAAAGCAGAAGGAGGACGGAACGUUCGAGGAAUCCAGCUUUCCUGAGCUGGAGCGCACGCAAACCGGUCGCAAGACCAGCAUAUUUAAGUUUUAUGCGUUCAAGGCAAAAGAUACAAUGCCAGGCUCGACGAAGAAGGGUCCCCUUAUCGGAGUAAUUGAUGUUGGCACGCGGACCGUUCGCUUUGUGGUGUUCAACGCGAAACACAUAGCUGAAGUGGCGUCCCAUCAAAUCGACGUGGAGCAAAUCAGCCCGCAAGAGGGAUGGAUGGAACAGGAUCCUAAGGAGAUCCUAUUCGCUGUGAAAGCUUGCAUCAAAGAUGUUAUCCGGAAGUUCGACGUGCUUGGCUUGAAGGUGGAUGAAAUAAUUACCAUUGGUAUCACGAAUCAACGUGAAACAACUGUUGCUUGGGAUGCAACAACCGGUGAACCGUUAUAUAAUGCAAUAGUUUGGUCUGAUAUAAGAACGAAUUCGAUCGUUGAUCAUAUAAUAGCGAAGUUUCCUGAUCAAAGUAAAAAUCAUAUCAAGCCUUUAUGCGGUUUACCAGUCAGCCCGUAUUUUUCUGCAUUGAAGAUUCGUUGGUUGAAGGAUAAUGUGCCUACUGUUAGAAAAGCGAUAAGAGAUAAACGAUGUAAAGUAGGAACGAUGGACACAUGGAUCGUUUGGAACUUAACGGGUGGCAAAGACGGUGGAUUAUAUAUCACUGACGUAACGAACGCGUCGAGGACCAUGUUAAUGAACAUAGAAACCCUCUCGUGGGAUCCCACGUUAUGCAGAUAUUUCGACAUUCCUAUACAAAUACUGCCAGAGAUCAAGAGCAGUGCUGAAAUUUAUGGAGAUAUCGCGAUUGGCCCGUUAAAGGGUAUCCCUAUAUCAGGUAUUCUAGGGAAUCAGCAAUCUGCGUUGGUCGGACAGAAUUGUCUAAAGAAGGGACAAGCGAAAAAUACGUAUAGAAGUGGAUGUUUCUUGCUCUGUAAUACAGGAACAACAAGGGUGUAUUCGUCUCAUGGAUUAGUCACAACGGUGGCAUAUCAAUUAGGCCCCAAAAGUCCGGCUGUUUAUGCGCUGGAAGGUUCGGUUGCUGUAGCAGGUGCUGCUAUUAAAUGGCUACGAGAUAAUAUGAACCUUAUAAAGGAUGUUCAUGAAAGUGAACAUUUGGCUCAAAGCGUUUUUAGUACCGGUGAUGUGUAUUUCGUACCAGCUUUUACAGGGUUAUAUGCUCCAUAUUGGAGAAAAGAUGCGAGGGGAAUUAUUUGCGGUCUUACUGCAUUCACCACGAAACAGCAUAUAAUAAGAGCAUCGUUAGAAGCUGUUUGUUUCCAAACGAGAGAUAUUCUGGAAGCUAUGUAUAAAGAUUGUGGCUUUCCGUUGAUCAAGCUGAACACAGAUGGAAAAAUGUCAACCAAUAAUCUUCUUAUGCAGUUGCAGGCAGAUCUUUGUGGUACACCAGUAUUCAGGUCAACGAUGCCAGACAUUACAGCGUUAGGUGCUGCAAUGGCUGCCGGCCAUGCAGAAGGUAUAGGUGUUUGGGAACUUGAAGGUGAAGAGGUAGAAAGGGUCUCGACAGAUACAUUUUUGCCGACGACAACACCAGAAGAGAGAGAUGCUAGGUAUAGAAAAUGGAAGAUGGCAGUUGAAAGAAGUUUAGGGUGGGCGGCAGUAAAGAAAUCUGAUCAAAUGACAGAUGAAAGAUAUUACGUUCUGGCAUCAAUCCCGGCAAGUUGGUUCUUAAUGGCGAGCUUUAUUUUACUACGAUUAAGUUAUUAUAUGGAAAAUCGGUGACAGCAUCUUUAUGUUAUUACAACGAAGGAUCGGUUAGGUAGUAGAUAGUCUAUAUUGUAUUGCAAGUGAAAAUAGGAGCAAGGCUGUUGAGUCUUAAUUAUCAAUAGUAGAUCAAGUGAUGACCACCACUAACGAAUUACGGAACAAAAAAUAGUACAAGAAAUUGCUUUGACUUAGUAGAACCACUUAUACUUUGAAACUUGCCAAAGGAAAUCAAUAUAGUUAACUGAACGAAGUUCGACAAUGCAAAGAGGAGAGGAUCGAGUCACCGAUUUUGGGGGGAAAUAUUUCGAAAGAAGAAAGUAUUAGAAACAAUGCACACA